AUGCCACCGAAGAAAUUUCUGAAGCCGAAGCCUAAGGGCAAGAUAAAGCCGCCGGAGCCAGAGACCGAGAAUGACUUUCUCGAGGCUGCAGAUGAAUUCGAGCAAGCGGCAGGGAAAUGGCGCGCAGGCGACGCCGCGAAAGCCGUUCGCUUCUUCAACCGAGCGAUUGACGCCUACAAUGAAGGCUUAAAGCGUCAUCCUCAGUCAUUCGACCUUGCCUACAAUAAAGCAAAUCUCCAGUACACCAUUUCCGAAGAUGAGCGCAUUAUCUCACAUUUUGGAAAUAGGAUUGCCUUGCUAGAGGAGACUUUGAUGUCGCAUCGCUUUGCCAUCUCACUAAAUCCAACGAACACCGACAUCCUCUUCAACGCUGCGCAGGUGCUCACCUCACUAGCGGAAGCCGGUCUGGAAGCUAGCCCGCAAGCUACCGCAAGGCAUGAUGCAAGACCAUUACUCGAGGAAGCGGUUGAAAUCUUUACCAAGUGUUUGGAAAACCAACAGCAAGAGUAUUCUCAGAUGCAAGCUGAAAUUGCCAAGAUCCAAGCAUCCGGUGAGUACCAGGAGGCCUGGGAAGGUGAGCGACAACAGCCAGCAGAAACGCAGGAAGAAGACACGGAGACCGAUUCGGGGGGUUCGGAGGCCCCAGGCGAUUGGGCCACUGUUGAAGAGCCGCUGACACCAGAAAGCAUUUUGGAAACAUGCACGGCGCAACUUAGUGCAUUGACAACAUUACUAGGACUGUAUAAUUCCGCUACAGACCUACCAAACAUAGAGAAGAAAGCCCAAGAUGGAAUAGAUACAGCGACGAACAAAAUUCCGACGCUCAUAGACCUUAUUGACAAGUCACCAGCCCCGAAAGCUGUCGAUGAGCCCAAAGCAGGCCCAACACUUUCGAUAGGUUCUACACCAGAAGAAGCUACAACAACACCCAAAGAUGACGCUAUCCUCGCGUCUGCCAGUUUCCAGGCCAGCGUAGCGGAAGUACAAUACCGUAGUGGCAGAACGACAUCGACAGAGUAUGCAGAAACCGUGGAGCAAAUUUUCAGCGACAUGGUACAGAACGCCGGACAACGUUCAAGUCCUGAUCUCGCAUCAACCAACGUUCAGUCCGCCUAUGCUGACGCGCUCAUGGAUCUCGCUUCAGCACUUGCGGAUGGCACUCAAUACAUUCCAUCAGCACCCACUUUCAGCACAGAUAUCGAUAUCCAAUGGACAGCUCUCACGCAGACCCAAAAUCUGCUUACAAAGCUAUCCGCUGCACCGUACGCCUCCAUUCUAUCCGCAUCGCGACUGGCCGAUGUCUUCAUAGCGAGAGGUGAUACCGAUCUCUUCCGCUUCCGGAUCUCGCUCUUCGAAAACGCGAAGCCUGCUUGGGCGAAGAGCGGACCAACUCUGGUUUCCAAUGCUGGCGUCUUCUAUCGAGGAGGUAGAAGCUACGCAGAGAAAGCUGGUGCGACUGGAGUGCGGAGCACGGCAGAUGCCAAGGCAGUUGUAGCAGAGAUAUUGAAGACGGUGGCGAGUGGUUCGGAAAUGUCGAGAGAGACUUGGAAGGCGAGGAGUGCAGAUGUGCCGAAGGUGUUGGAUCAGAUAAUUGAAGAGGGUAUUGUAGGACGAGAGAAUGCCGAUGGUUUACUGAACUGGAUUUAG